AUGGUUACCAGGGGUGGCAACCUCAAUCGGUGGAUGCUACUCCGCUGGCACGGAGCCUUCGUCGGCGUCGCCGCGGCUCCGAGGCGCCUCCUCCUCCCACGGGAACAGGAAAAACACCAGCACGACAAAGCAAACAAAGCCAACGCAACCAAAGAAGAUGAAGGCGAUCGCCUGGCCCUUGUCCUGGUUGCCGGACGGACCACCGGACAUGCCCUCCGUCGCAAUUGGGUAGCAGACGUUGAUGAUGAUAUUGCAGAGAAACUGUGCCACCAUCACAACCGACGAACCCUUCGGACGGAACGAGCGUGGAAACAGCUG